AUGCCUGUCAUAAAAAUCGAGGCCGUCACGGACCUGCUAUGUCCGUGGUGCUACGUCGGCAAGAGGAACCUCGAAAGCGCAAUCUCACAAUACCGCGCCGUGGACCCCUCUGCCGAGUUCGAGGUCAUCUGGAAGCCGUUCUACCUCAACCCGGCGUUGAAGAGUUCCGGCUACGACAAACGCGAAAUAUACACAACGCGCUUCUCCCUCGGCGGCGACCUCGCCUCCGCCAUAGCCCGCGUAACCUCCAUCUGCGCCUCGGCCGGCAUCCGCCCCGACGUCGCGGGCACGACGGGCAACACGCGGCAAUCCCACAAGCUCCUCGCCCUGGCCCUGGCCCGCAAGGGUCCCACAGCCCAAGACCGCCUCCUCGAGGCCCUGUUUCGGGGCCACUUUGAAGAAGGGGCCGACAUCACGGACCGACACUACCUCGUCGCCACCGCCGCCGCCGCCGCGGGGCUCGACGUGGCCGAGGCCGAGGCCGCGCUCGACAGCGACCGUGCGGGCGAGCUCGUCGACGGCGAGGUCGUCCGGGCCAGGAAGGCGGGGGUCACGGGGGUGCCGACGUUUACGGUGCAGGGUCGGUGGAGGGUCGGUGGGAACCAGGAGCCGGAUGUGUUUUUGAGGGUGUUUGAGCGGGUCAACGAGGAUCAUUGA